AUGGAACAUAGUCGACGAGGAGCUAAGAAAAUCGAAGAACAACUUGUAUUAAAUGUAUUCAAUACGAGUUCUACUGAUGAACAAUCAACGACUGGUCUCAAUGGUCAAUUCAUCCAUUCACAAUUACUGAUUAAUUGUUUACUUCAAAUGAAAGCAGCUUCAACUGAUAAAGACGAAAUGAUUUCAUUAUCGAAAAAACAAUAUAAAGAUAACAAAAAUGAAUUAUCUAUUGUUCAUGAAUUUGAAGAAAAUUAUUCAUCGGAUCGAGCAAUUUGGUGGUAUACACGUGAAUCAUUCUUAUAUCGACAAUGGAACAAAGCUCUUCGUGUACAAAAUAUUGAUUUAUUAUUUAUUUUUCGUUUUUUUAUUCGUGAUAUUCAAGAAUAA